AUGACCGCGAAGAUGAUUCCCAAACUCCUUGCCCUGGCAAAAGCACGGGGGACAGAUGUCGACCCCACCAUCGGUCGACUGGCACACUGGAUCAGCGCACUUUAUGCGAAUGGUAUGGGUGAGGUCGCAAGCACAAGCGUCACACUCAAACUGGACGCCGGGCUCGGUAACGGCUGGAACUUGUUAGAAUCACACAUCAAUUCUCCUGUCACUAUAAAACCCCGGUGGAGAAAAUUUGUCGGUCGGCUAACCGCCCAUUUCAUGACCCUCAACCCUGCUGACGCUCUCAAAGUCCUCGCCGACUACCCUCGCUCCGAUGGGCUCUCCGUCUCCGACCUGAUGGAUUCCCGGAUGCAUGGGGGCCUCACCUAUAACGAUUUUCUCCUUCUCCCUGGCAAAAUCGACUUCACCGCCGCGACUGUUGUAACUGAGAGUCGGAUCACGCGCAAUGUCGUUUUAAAAACACCCUUCAUGAGCAGCCCUAUGGAUACUGUCACGGAAGAGUCCAUGGCCAUUGCGAUGGCGCUGCUGGGCGGAAUCGGUGUCAUUCACCACAACCAGACUGCCGAAAGCCAAGCUGCCAUGGUCCGCGCAGUGAAGCGCCACGAAAACGGUUUCAUCACCGACCCCGUUGUCCUCUCACCGUCCAAUACUGUGGAGGAUGUGCUCGAUAUCAAGCUCCGUCUUGGCUUCUGCGGUAUCCCCAUCACUGAAACCGGACGUCUUGGUGGAAAGCUUGUUGGCAUUGUCACUUCUCGCGAUGUUCAAUUCCGCGACCAUUCGACACCUUUGGCUGAUGUCAUGACCCGCGAUCUUGUUACUGCUCGACAAGGUGUCACCCUCCUUGAAGCCAAUGACAUUCUCCGCGACUCCAAGAAGGGCAAGCUGCCCAUCAUUGACAACGAAAGUCGUCUCGUCUCCCUCCUUGCCCGUUCCGACCUCCUCAAAAAUCAAUCCUACCCUCUCGCUUCUAAAAACCCAGAAACCAAGCAGCUCUACGCAGCAGCAGCAGUUGGUACGCGACCAGCAGAUCGAGACCGUCUCGCACUUCUCGUCGAAGCUGGUCUUGAUAUCGUUGUCCUCGAUUCGUCUCAAGGAAAUUCAACCUUCCAGAUUGACAUGAUCAAGUGGAUCAAGCAGACAUACCCUCGAUUGGAAGUUAUCGCCGGCAACGUCGUUACUCGCGAGCAAACUGCUUCCCUAAUCGCUGCUGGUGCUGACGGUAUUCGAGUUGGAAUGGGUUCUGGCUCAAUCUGCAUCACUCAAGAGGUCAUGGCUGUCGGUCGCCCUCAGGCCACCGCUGUCUACGCCGUUGCCGAAUUCGCCUCUCGAUUUGGUGUGCCCAUCAUUGCCGACGGUGGUAUCAGUAAUGUUGGCCACAUCGUAAAAGCAUUAGCUCUCGGGGCUAGUGCAGUUAUGAUGGGUGGUUUACUUGCUGGUACAGAAGAGGCACCCGGAGAGUAUUUUUAUCACGAAGGCAAGCGUGUCAAGACGUAUCGUGGCAUGGGUUCCCUCGAGGCCAUGGAGCAAGGAAAACCACAAGGCAAGGUCAAGAAGACCUCGACUGUGGAGAAUGCGGCCACCUCUCGCUACUUUUCCGAGAGCAGUGCGGUCAAAGUUGCCCAAGGUGUCAGUGGCGAUGUCCAGGACAAGGGCAGCGUCAGAGCAUUCUUGCCCUACCUAUUUGUUGGCGUGCAACACUCGUUGCAGGAUAUAGGCGUCCGAAGCAUCUCAGAGCUCCGGGAGGGCGUCACUGCUGGAAAAGUCCGUUUCGAAUUACGGACUGCCAGCGCACAAGUGGAAGGAGGGGUCAACGGUCUGAAUUCUUACAAGAAGCGCCUUUUCGCGGCUGCGACUUGA